AGAGAGAGAAUGGGAGAAGGAUCGUGCUUACGAGCACAUAGUUUACGAGUUCGAUCGCAGUACAUAUCCGGUUUCAGCGAGUGUUUAGUGUUAAUUGGCGAAAUGAUGAAUAUGAGCUUAAAAGUGAAACAAAGGCAGAGAGAGGAAGGAAAAAAAGCGUAAAAAGAGAGGCAGAAAUUUGACAGGCGUUGCUGAACACGGAUAUGAUAAAAUAUCAGUUUUUAAAAUAGAAUGAACGUCGUUUGAGUGCGCGUACAUAUACAGAACGUACGAGAUAUUGCUGAUAAAAGUUAAUUUCACGUUUUAUGAACAUAUGUGUACAUGCGCAUGCGCGUUGCGAAGGUACGAAUACGUAGAAUUUCGCUGUCGAACGGUGAUCAUAUUGUGAAAAAUCCGUGCGGAAUAGCGAAAACAAACAACUCGUGUCCGCCAUAUUGUGCCUCUCCAGCUACGUUAAAAAAAGGAAGUGAGAGUGUGAGAGUGAGAGAGAGGGAGAGAAAGAGAGGAAGGAAGAGAGAGAAAGAGUGAGUGAGUGAGAAUUUCGGGGAGCGACGCGUGUGAUUUUUAUUUGGUGAGGAAGAAAAAAAGUGUAAGCAGAGGUGACCAACGGUCACCGAAUGUGGUCAAAUUCGCAAAAUACACGAAUAGGGAGGACUGCGAGAGAACUCGAAGUAAGAGAGGCGAGGUAGCAUUGUGCUCAGAAGGAGGUUCGUAGGGUACCCCACCAUUUAUUCCCCCUACCCUUUUGCCCUGGAUCCCGAGAUUAUUGCGCAGUUAGAAAAUUCAUUGAAUAUAAAGACCGCCGAAAACUUGGUUGCAUCUUUAGAAAGUGGCCCGCGGACAUCAUAUGACGGGUUGGUUGACUUUGUGAGUGAUAGAAAGGACGAAAGUAUUAUAAAGAAGCCAUGACGAAUUCGGUACCGAAAUUGAAGAACAAAGUAGACCGGCAGGGUUCGCCGAAUGUCGGUGUGGAACGAUAUCAUCACCGUUCAAGUGCAAUCAAAUCGUCAACAUUUUUCCACAACAGUGGAAGAUCUCAUGGCAGAAAUUCAACCGGCAGACUAUCCUGCAGCCCACACGGUUUGUCAAAGGGUUCAAGAACUUCGCCGUUGCGAUGUGAGUACAGUCCGCGCGGCAGUCCAACAAACAGUUUCUAUGCGGGUGCAAAGUUUUCUGAACCGCCAUCUCCUGCGAGCCUUCCGAAACCGCCGAGCCAUUGGACUACGAGACUGAUGAGCAGUUGUCAACAAUCCGACAGGAGUUGCGAUAUUUCAAAUCAUCUAAAGAUGAUACUAAACGUCCAAGCCUGAUACCUAAAGACCAACAAACCGCAAAAAACGGUUACCAGCUCCUAAAAGCGAAGAGACAGGUACGAUAUUAUCGUUCUCCUACUCUUGGAUUUAAGGAUGUAUUUUUUCUCUUGUAUGUGAUGUCAAGCUGUUCGUUUUAAACAUAACAAACAAAAAAACAGAAGUGUUUAUAACUGCGCGAUAACACAAUCUCUUAAGAACUAUACGCGAUUAAUAUUGCAACAAGAAAAACAGGGCACCAGCGUCUUCAGUUUCAUGGUAUCAGAUGCUGAGCGGAUGAAGAAAAAACAAACCAGGAUUCGUUGCUUAAAACUAUACAAAACAUAUAAACAUUGAGUAUGAAAGACGCAGGUGCGUCUGCCGUGAACCAUGAUUCAAGUAUAUGGUAACUUGUAACAAUUCUAUUAUGCGCCGUCUAUGAAGAUAUAAACGUAUGUAUUUUAGAUUAUUAUUAUAUAUGAUUAACUUGCAGAGACGCAUACACAUACACAAAUACACAAACACUAUUAUAUUAUUUGUUUGACGAAAUGGUACGAAGACAUAGGCAAAGCUGCAUUAGCUAUUUUUAGAAACAAUAGCUAUAUACUCUUUAUUUUUCUUUUUUUUUUUUUAAUCAAAAUUGCUACAUCCUAGCACUGUUGAUUAUUGACAGUAUGUUUUAUUCUUUUUUCAAUUGCAACCCGGAAUUCUUUCCAAAAUAGUUAUUUAAAUCUUCACACAAGAUGUAUGCUAAUUGCUUUUUUCCCUCAUUGAAAGAUACUUUAUAUUUACAACAUAAGUGGUAAACUUUAAGUAUUAUAUAUAUUCAUCUACUGCUCUUUAGCAUAAACCUAAGUAUCGAUUAAGUGUAUAUCAGACUAAUUAUUAUUCCUAUGUGUAACUGCUUGCCUCCCAGGUUCAGUUAAGUUGUCAAUAGUUUUGGUAGAAUCCAAUGUUCAAUGAAUCAUAAGGACUUAAUCAAAUUAUCCUUGAAAGAUUUAUCAGAGCAUAAUUUUUUGGUUUCAAUUUAUCUUCUUUUACCAUCGAAGAUAUUCUUACUCGUUUUGCAGCUUUGCAAUAGUUCUGCAAAGCAUUACAUAAGAUUUAAGUGACGUGUUUCCAGCGUGCAUACAGAUGAAAUCCCAUAAUUCAUCAAUGAAAAAAUGGGAUUAAAUUGUGUGAAUGAAUGAUAGUGAAAAUAAUCUGAUAUAUGCUUGAUGAAUGUUUAUUAAUUUUUGUUCUCUACUUUUCAGUAAAUCCGAGAUUAAGCAAUGCUUCUGCUUAAGUUAACAAAAUUUUUAUGGAGGUUUUCUUUAAAUGACAAAUUUAAUUUUUAUCUAAUAUAAAAAAUGUGGUCAGAAGCUUGUCAUAAGAUUUCAUUAUAAAGUGAAUUUUAUUUAAAUUUGAAAUUGGAUAUCAUUUAUUAUUUAAUACUGAAAUUAUGAGUUAACAAAAUUUUUUGGUUCAGUUCUAAACAUAUAUAUUUCAAAAGUAAAAUUUUUGCUGAUUUUAUACUGUUAUAAAUGAUUUUUUUUUCUUUCUAACGUUGCACUCGUUACAUGACAAAGAUAGUAACAAUGAUUUUUAAUUUUUCUUGCAUUUUUCUUUCUUUUUUAUUUUUUUUUUUUUUUUACCUAAAAUACGAUCAUAUAUUUAAUCAAGUAGACUGACCAAAUUAUUUGAAGUGGUGUUUUAACUAAUACGUUCUUUUCUUUUUAUCUAAAAGAAGGCAAUAUUUUUUCUUUUCUUUUUUUCCUUUUCUUAAAUUACGUUAGUUUCAUUUUUUCUUUAGUAAUUACUUUCUUUCUUCUUUCAUAAGUUUAAUUUUUAAGGUGAAUUACGAAGAUAGGUUUCGGUAUAUGUACAUGCAGAUCUCAAGAAAAAGCUACUGAGUGUAUCCAUACGUGUGAAUGUAUAUAUCCUGCGUGAAGGAGUGAGAGAGGAAGAGAGAAAUGUUGGCAAAAAUGUGCAAUUUCGAACUUUCAAUUACUUUCUCCAUCUUCGUAGUCUCGUAAGGCAAAACAAAUUUUUAAUCGUAUCUAUAGCGUCUAACAGCGGUAUGUCUCACGGAGUGAUUGACAGAAUUCUGAUGUAAAAUCGAGAGGAGUUUCAUUGGUUUUCGAAUUUAACAACGGUACUCAAUGAACACUAUCUCGAUUCGUUCUCUUUUUCCUUUUUGGGAAUCGUCGCUGUGUGGCGGUUCGCAGAAAGCGAAAGGGAGUUGCAGUUCCGAGAAAAAAGAAGGAAAGAAUUAUAUUAAUCAACAUCCGUCUUCAUUCCUCUUACUUUCAUAAGAAUUCGAUUAUUUGAUGGGUACAUAUAUCUUUCCAGUUAGAUUAGUUUCUUUGAAUUCGUCUCCCUUUCUUAAAAAUCGUAUUUGUUCAAGGUUCUUUGACAGUUUCAAAUUUCUGUUCGUCUAAGUUUCCAUAGAGAAAAAUAGUUUUUUUUAUGAUAGCACAUGUGUGAUAAGAUAAUAACUUGAAGAUAAACGAUGGUCGGCAUACUUGUUGCUAAAUAGUUUCUGCUCUCGACGGAAGAGGAAUUGUCGCAAUUGGUCAGAUGAAAAAACAAUCUAAAAUACAGAGAUAGAAACACAUCGAUACAGAAUCGUUAUUAUUGCAUACAUAGUUUUGUCACUAGCAAUAUACGCAUAAAUUCCAAAGAUUUUUUAAGUAAAUCUAUUUCUAUUGAGAAUCUUAGCUAAAAGAAAUACUUCGCCACGUUCGUUCGAUGUUUUUGAUUCGAAGAAGGGAAGUACAACGAUCUGUCUUAAACUGGUAGGAGAUUCCAGUAUUUGUCCAGUGAUUAUUAUUUUAUUAAUCGGCUUUAAAUUGUAUAUGUAUAAUUAUAUUAAGUGCGGUAUUCGACAGUUAAUUGUAAACACGUGCCAGAAUUCGAAUGGAAAAUUUUCAAAUUCGGUACCAGUUUUUUCUUAAGACCUCAUUGGGCGUGAAGUAAAACGAAUUAAGCACUGCCGUCCUGUGAGAAAUCGAUGGAAUGGAUUAGCUUUGAGCAUACGGAAAUUAUCGCACAGACGCGCAUCGUUUGCGAAUCGUGUAAAUAGACAGACGAGGGCUGAGAAAGAAGUUGUAGAUUUCAAACAACAUCUGUAAAUGUACUGUAAAAAAAAAAAAAAAGAGUGAGAGGAAUUAAUGUACAUACGGCGAAACAGAACGCAGACGGACGAUGUGUAUUAUGUAUAUCUCAUAUACAUAAAGGGUAAAUUAAUCGAAAUAUCUCGGUGGUAACGGCGUUUUGUUCCGUUCCGAUUGAGAGCAAAAAGCUUAAAAAAAGUUUGAAACUUUAAGUAACAGCAAUAUGCGUAAUUACCUGCUCGAGUCUCGGAGAAGUGCAAAAAAUAGUCAGUAUGUGCAAAAGUGAAACAUAAAAAAAAUACAGAAAACGUAAAAAAAAAAGUAAACAGUUGAAGGUUGCCAGACUCGGUUCAAGCGAUCUUUGAGGCGAACGAAAUGUAGUGAGAGAAGAAAGGGCGCUAUUGCGUGGUAAAAGUGAGAGGAAAUAUAUGAAAGAGGAAGAAACGGCGUCCGAGAAAAGAAAGCGACGCCAAAGAAAAAAGGGCACGAAUUACAAAGUGAAUAAUCAACCAAUCGAUAACAUUAAUUUAAAAGAUGAUAAGAAAUUAGCUGUGAUGAUGACUCUAUAGGUACUACUAAUUUUUAAUUGGUAAUUGAUCAACAUAUAUAUAUAUAUACACACACACACAUACAUAUAUAUAUUAUAUAUAUAUAUUAUAUAUAUUAUAUAUUAUAUGUAUAUGAUUAAACGAUAAGGUGGGAUAAUUUAAGGAACGUGCAAGUACGAUGAAUAUAUGAAAACAAGAUAAUUACCGCCUUUUUCGAGAGAGAAAAACGCAAAUGCCAUACGAGAGAAAUAUGAAACACACAUACACACUGUGUGUGAGUGGUAUAUCAAGUCGGAAGGAUAAGAGAACAUAAGUGAGAAAAGGAACAUGUUUUUCUUUGUCAUAAAAUGCGGUGUUUGCCGCGCAGUCCGACGUAUUGCUAUUAAUUAUCCAAAAAACUUAGUAAUUAGCGAUGUACGUGCGCGCGAUCGUGGAAUAUAAAUAAGAGUAAACCAAAACAAUGCUCGAAAGCAUAAUGCAAAAAGGGAAAUAGAAAAGUAAUGAAAAAUAAAAUAGUAGGGGUGCAAUGUUUUCGUGACAAGAGCAAAGAAAUUAAUAUUAUUUAGGAACUCUUUCGAGUACGUCCAUCUUGUGUGUCGUAAUCCACCUUCGUGACUUUAAGAUGAGAAUAUAGUUAGUAGUUCUAAUUAUAAGAGCCAACGAGAACUUGGGUCGUUUCGAAAAAUGGGAUCGAGGUCGGGCGGGAAUCUUAUGUUCGAACGCGUUUCCGGUCGGAGGGACGCGAGAACGUAGCCAGAUAUGCUUCUUUCCGUUUGAGGUUUACGCGAAUAUUUUCUACGCGAUGAAUUUAAAACGUGCAGUUUAAACGAAAAGAAGUUGCAAGCGUUUUUUAUAUUUCGUUUUCAAUUCGUUUUCAUUUUUAUGACAAAUGGUAGAAGUAGGGCAAGAAAUGCUGAUAACAACACGAAUAAUACGAGACGAUCCAUUCUCGACUGGCAUUUAUUGUGAUAUUGUAACGUACAAAAUCGUUCGUCGCGAGUUACACGAAAAAUCGAAGAAUAAUCAAUAAGACAAAAUUAAGAUUCUCGUGAAUGCUUCAUGGAUGUAUCACGUGUUCAUUUUGUAAAACAAGAUGCAAAAGAUACCACUCUUCGUGAAAAUUUUAGGGGUCUGUUUUUUGAGUUAGGGUAUAGCUAAUAAUUUUAAUGUCAAAGACAUUAUAGUUUUAUACUUAUUUGUAAGGAUAAAAUAAUACCUCCAGAUAUAUAUGUCUAACGAGAUUUGUGCAAAAAGGGAGCUUGAGUUGGAACACUUUAGGUUAAAAGUUUAUUUUUAAUUAUCUUUAUUUUGCCAGGAAUUUUCUAUGAAAUUCGUUUUCUGUAUAUAUCAUACUAUUAAGUUACUAAAAAAACUUUUCAAUGAAUAUUCACGAACAAAAGUUUCGUAGGAAGUAGACGACCGUCAUUCCUUAUAUGUUCACGCGAGUGUGGCAUCAUUGACUCCCCAUAUACACCGUGAUGCAUCCGUCGACGAACAUCAUGUGACAUACGAAUGCACGUAGAAAAUGGCUACGUGCCCUCGCAUGUCCUGUUUCAAUCUAUACACGUGUAUAUCUUUAUACCUUUUGAAUAAUUUCUUUCGCUGGUCUCUUUUGGAAAAAGGAAAGGGUUAACCGUAAUUAAUAAUUCUAAUUCUACUUUAAUUUCGCAUAACUCUAAUGUAGAGACACUAAACGUUAUGAGAAGGAAAAAGUAUAAUAAUUAUUGUACAGAAAAAGGAAACUCGUCGAAAUGGUAUAUUUGUUCGUUCCUUUGAUCAGUUCCUUGAAAGAAAUAUUUUUUUGAUUCGUCAUUGCAUCGUAUUAGGUGUGUUGUAUUUUUUUUGGAUAUGUAAAUUAGCUUUUGAGCUUCCAUGAAAACCGACGGAAUACCCCGUUCCUUCGGUAUGUUAUUAGAUUCUUCAGUGACGCAUAACAAGGAGAAGCACUCAUCCGAAUUCUUCCGAUCCAAAUUUCGUUUAUUUUUUCUUUUCUUUUUCCAGCUAAAUGUCGAAUUCUGGUUGUGGUUUCUUUAGAAGGUUCUUUUGCGCGUUCAACGGGUAUAUUUAAAUAUUAUUAAUUCAUUAGGCAAAUAAUUCGUUACUUUUCGAGAAAUGAACGUUACUUUUUUUCCAUAUUUCUCUUUUUUAAAAAUUAAGUUUUAAUUAGAUUAAUAAAGCUGUGCUCUUUUUCUCUUUUCUUUUUCUUUUCUUUCUUUCUUUUUUAUUUUUCUUUUUUUUUUUUUUUUUUAAAUUACAAGUCUAUGUAAUUUUAGGUUAAUGACUUCAGGAAGAACAUAUCAAUCGGUUGCUACUUAUUCUAUUUCCACGGUUCAUGAUUUACUUUGUUCUAUGUAGCUUUAUAAGUAAUUCGUUCCCAUGGGUGUGCGUAUGUUUUUGGUUUAGGGUGAAAUUUUAUGUACGUACAUGGAAAGAUCUUUUUCUAUUCAUGUUUUAGAGUUCUCUUCUUUCUUUUUGUCAUGUGUAUCUGAAAAAUUCUCACGUGCGAAAGUGAUGUUAAAGAGCAGAUGAAAACAAUGAAUCGAUACGAAUUUUUGCAUAUCCGUACUACUUCUCAUUAGGGAAAGAAUACCGGCGUACCAUUCUUAAAAAAGAAAAUUCGUAACUAAAACAAUGAAUCGAGGGGAAAAAAUGAGAAUGAACCCGCUUAUCGGAAUAAUUAAAGAAGAAACAUAUAAAAGAAAACAAAAUGGAACCAACGUCUUCGAACGACAACGUCAAACAAUAAGGAAAACGAACGAUGAAGUCGUGUGUCGUGCAUCGAAUCGUUUUAACCUCAAAAGUAUUUUGUCACGAGGUGAAUUCGAAGCGCGACAUCGUUUACCAAUAUACGAUGUAAUAUCGUUUUAAAAAAUUGAUCUUUUAUGCAAGAGAGUUAAAAUCAACAGCUCAUCGAUUUCAUACGAAGCACUGAUCAUUAUACAGGGACACAAAACACAGCCACACGAAACACUAUGUCGAUUAAUUAAUUAAGCCUUAAAUUUAGAAUUAAGUUGAGAAGCGUGAAAAACCAGAGAUAGGAAGAAAAAAGGGAGAGAGAGGGAGAAAAAUGAAAGAAAGCUCUGUCUUUUUGAAGCGCCAUGAUCAAUGACUAUAUAUUUGAAUCAAUAUAUUUCAAACACAUGCAUGAUUUUAGUCGGUAAAUCAAUUGAUGUUAUUAUUCUGAUCUAAAUCGUUGUUCCUCCUUUUCUCUUUCAUUUCAACUUCAUACAUAUAUCGUAUUCGGGGAUUGUUCGUGUUUCAUUUACAAUUUUUAAAUCAUUCUCGUUGAAAGAAUCGUUAAAAUUCGAGGCAUGCGCUUUGAUCUCAACCGUUCUUGCGAAAGAAACACUUUCUUUUCGUUUUAUUUCGAUACCAAGGGAAUCUAGUAUCGUAGAAUCACGUGGAAAUCAUUCGAAAUCAGUCAUUUUCAUUCGCUAUUCGAUAGUAAAGAAUUGGUAGAUUAAGUGUCGCUUUGCAUUCGAAUAGAGUUGCAUCGAAUUCGAGGCGACACUCUCUUCGAUAUCACCGAAUGAUAACGAAAGAAAAGAAAUAAAGAUCAUAUUAUCUGCGUGAUUCUACGACACGUAUUUAUAUAUCGAUCGAAAAAAAAGACAUUUUCGAAGAGCUAGACCAUUGUUAAGGAGAGUACGAUUUUUACCUACGGUAGCAAGGAGAAGUUUCUCGUAAUCUAUCGAUUGUUUACUCGUGUAAAUUCCAUAACGCAUCUCUGACGAGCCUGUCGAUGACAAUAUUUUUUAUCCUUCUUCCUGCUGCUGCUCGUGAAAGUCCAGCCGUACGUCAGCGCGAUGCGUGGUUACAAAACAUAUAUAACCUUAUUCUUUCUUUUUUUCUUUUCUCAUAUCUUAUUUCAGGAAACUAGUUUGAAGAAAAUAUAUAAUCGCAAAAAAUCACGAGGAUCAUGGUAUAAAUGACGCAAAACAAAUGGCAUGAAAUUAUUACGUAUUAUGAUAGAACAAGUAUCCGUAUCGUUCUGAUGUGCGGCUAUAUUAUUAAAUAGUAGGGAAAACGGAUUGGUCGCAAUGGCGGCAAGAAAGGAAAAACGCACUGACUAUUUUAGCGAAUCGAGAUUCGACCAUGUACCUUGAUAUAUACUUUGAGCGUGUUUUCAGAAAGUACGUGUGCGUCGGUGAUACCGUGUGUGUGUGUGUGUGUGAGAGAGAGAGAGAGAGAGAGAGAGAGCGAGAAUGCGAGAGUGUGCGUGUAUGCGAGCGUGCCAAAAGAAAAAUUGUGUGAGUUUAAGAACGUGCGAGACAGAAUAAAUAUAAAAAUAUAUAUAUUAAAUAUAUUAUAUACGAAACAGGAGGGAGAGACUCUCGCUCUUGAAGAAGAAAAGAAACGGACGCGUUUUAUCCUGUGCAUUGUUAACAUUGCGAACAUCGUUUAUGGUUAUAAUCAUUCGAACGAUUCGUAAAACGAAUAGUUUAAACAAAGAGAAGAAACGAGGAAAAAAUCAUAAAAGGGGUUUACCUGGAAGAACGCGUCCGUUUAACUUCUCUCGAUUUCUCGCACGUGCAGAGCGGUUCGUGCGUCAUUGUGCGGUCGAUACUAAGGAGAAAGCAAAUCAACACACACAUAUUAGCAUAUAACCGUGUAUGUGUGUAGUUCGAAGAAAGAAGCAUUUAAAAAGAUAGUCAUGCCAUCGCCCGCACGUGCGCGACAAUAAUUUUUCCUACGUAUAGCCGAUGUGCGAAGUAACUUUAGUUUCUUCCUUCUCCUUUUUGUUUCAAGACUCAACGAGGAGAAUAACGUUUGCGCGCUAAAUUCUGAAAUUCUGCAAGAUAGAAAUUUCCUGCAUAGGAAGUAAAAUUGUAUGCUACUCGUAUAGAAUACGUUUCGAAUCUAGUCAAAUUGCUACGUUGCUAAAUUAACGGGACUACUAGAUGUCCAUUCCAUGUUUGAUCGGCGGCCAUCUUGAGCCGUAGACCUAGUUUCCAUGCUACUCAGAUCACCAACGUAACUAACAGUAAAUUUUAACUAUAAGAGUAGAUCGACUCUAUGUAUUAUAAUUUGUUGUUGUUUAAUCGAUUGACUGCCUUUUUAUAUUUUAAUGAAUUUUACAACUAUAGCUACGAUCAGUAUUGUUUUAGUUUAUUAUAAAAAUUUAAGUAAUUUGAUGUAGUGACAGCUGCUCUUAUAGCUGAGUUACCGUUAUGCAAAGUAUGCAGCAGUCUCUCUAUCAUCUUUUGAAUGGAAUUUACAAGCGAUCGAAAUUCUUGAAGGAGGAGGAUUUUGAUCUUUUCCUUUCUUUUUCCAAGAUUUUGGGAACUAGUAUCGCAAAAGAAAUUGCUUAGAAGGUACAUAAGAAUAAAGAAGGUCUAACGAAAAUGACCUUUCUCUAUCGCGCAGAUGUUUCUCCUCCGUUUAAGAGUUGCGUCCUACAAACCAUGUGGCAUUUCUUCUUGGAAUGAUUUCUCUUACCUUCUUUUUUUUUCUUUUUUUUUUUGUCCUUUCGUAAGCUUACAAUUUUACAAUCGAGCAUCGCUGUACAGAGCAUUGUUCUACGAAACUCUGGUCUGCUUUAAACCGAAUGAAAAUGUAGAAGUAUCUAAAAAAAAAAAGCUAAAACGAACGAGGUACACUUGUAUGGUGCACCAAAGGGCACUAUUCGAGGAAGCUUGUACUUAAGGAACGACAGGUUUUUGUUUAUUCGCGUUGACGAGAAAUCUAAGAUUCUCUCGUGUUACUUUUUUUCGAAUUCAUCUUCUUGCUAACGGCAUUAAAAAAUAUAUUUUGAAUCUAGAAAAAAAAGAAAGAGCGACAAGCAUAAAAAAGAAAAGAAGCGAAAAAUCGAUGAAGUAUAUCGAUUAUCAACCUGUCGUCUUCGAGAGUAUAAGCUUCGCGAGUUCGGUAAGAUUAUACAAAAAACAAAAAAACACAGAAGAUCAGAACUUUUGUUCUGUCGUUCCCCAACGAAAUAGUGGCGACGAGUUUAUCGUUAGACAGUAAAUUAUAUAGGUAUAAGUAAACUUUACUGAGUCGCGAUUUCUGCGAUACAAGACGAUAAGAUUAAACGAAGUUAAGAAAUAAAAGAUGGAUGAGAGUCGUAUGAACGAUGCAGGGAUAGAAACGACGUAAGAUAACGAUGUAUAAAACGAUAUAAAGUGAUGGAAUUUCCCAUUCGUGUCUCUUUAAUAAAACUCCGUCGUGGACACGAUGCAAUUUGCUGUCAAGUUUUAGGGUACAUAAGAAAAUAGAGGUUAUAUAAUAUAUAUAUAUCUAUUAUUGUACGUAAAACACGCAGAAGCAGUACGUUUAAGAUUCGAAUCGUGCGCAUACAUAAGAAACACUGUAUUAUAAAAAUAUCGUAAUAAGAGUGACCGUUUCGCGAAUAACAAGUUUUUUUUGGAGGAGGACCGAUCGAUGAAAAAGAAAAGCGGAUCUAGGCGAAAGAAAGGGAAAAAAGAUAAGAUCCGCAAGCAAUUGUAUAUAAAUGCGUGAAGCGAGAUUCGAUCGUGCGAGCCAUGGCGAGCACGUGAAAGAGAAUAUUUUGUUAUGUAAAAAAAAAAAAAAAAACGACUGAGAUGAAGCAGAAGAAGGCAGGUUCAUUUUUGGGAUACAAUAUGGCUGCAGCAUAUUUUCGAACGCACGUUUCGAGUUAUCGUCUGAUCGAUAUACAUAUGAAUCUUUUUUGCGGCCUCAAGCUUGUAGAGAAGAAUAAAGCGAUGAAGACGAAGAAUAAGAAGAAGAAGAAGAAUGGUAGGAAAGAAGAAUGGUGGCAACAAGAAGCAAAAUGAACGGCGUCGUUACGCGCAGGAACGAGAUUUCUUUAUCAUUCCAACAGAUGGACUUAUAACUUGGUCACUUUCAUAUUUAAAAAGUAAGGAGAAUCAUAAAGAAAAGUACAUUCCGGUUCACAAUAAAUCGCCGAUUUUUCUCAAAAUGGCGUGUACGAUUUACCAACAAAUCAUCCGCACCAUGGUACAUAUUAUACCGAAGAGGAGAGAGAAUCUCGACUGGACGCAACUCCUGUCGAAUUUUUAUUUCUUCGAACGAAUGAAAGUAGAAGAUGAAGAUCGAGAGAGGACCAAGAAGAAACAAGGAAUAAAUAAAAUCGAGGCAAGGGGAUAACGGGAAACUUAACGAUUGCGCGAUCGACCAGAAUAGAUAAGGAUUAUCGAUUGGCCACCUUUCGACGCGCAUCCCGUUGUUUCCUUGGCGAAACAAUCGUCUCGUGUUUGCGCGUCCGCCGUGAAAACCAGGGCUGUUAUUUGUAAUGAAGAAACAGAAGAAGAAGAAGAAGAAGAAAUCAGAAUAUUACGUACACGAGAGGCAGGUUCUCGUGCGGGUAAAGAAAAGACUCGAAAUUUUUUCGAUGAUAUAAUAAAUAAUUAAUAAUCGUCCACUAUGAGGUUCGACAGAGGAACAAUUAUUUUUUGCCGUUUUUUCUCCUAUCAGAGAAAGAAACAUCUCGAGGUUUCAUUGCUAGAGCGAUGGACCAGCUACGACACAGUGAGAUGAUUAUUGUGAACGGCGAUGAUGAUAAUAUAAUGAUGAUCCUCCAGGAAAGCUAAGAGAAACCGAAACAGAUAGCCAGUAAGUACUUGGAGAACGAUAUGGCGAAGGAAUAUAUAUCCAAGUCGUACCUAAAGCGUAAUCAUUUAUAUAUCGUAGUUUUGGUACUGUUAUUCGAGUACGUAUACACGCGUUUUUUUUUCGAAGAAAGUGUUGUAGACGCGUGACCAAUGGAAGAGGAGGAGGAGGAGGAAGAGGAAGUACGAAGAUGAUACAAAAGCAAAAGGUUGUCGACUAUAAUAAAAUGAUAGAGAGAAGAAGAAGAAGAAGAAGGAGAAGAAGGAGCGUAGGUAGCAGCAUUAUGAAAUGGAAGAUUAAUCACGAGUAAAAGGGGAAGUAUAAUAAUGUCUUUCAAGAUUGAUUAUUAUUGAUGAAGAAGAAGCGAGAAAGUGGAUUUGAAUGAGAUUGCAGCGAAUGUAAGAGGAUUUCUAAAAAACCAUCAGAAAAAAUGUCUUUUUGAGAACAAAAAGCGCCAAAAAAAUCAAUGUAUACAACCAGUGAAGAGUAUGCGUGAGAAACAGUGCGAGUGGAAAGAAUGAUUGAAGAUAAAAGUAAGGAAGAAGUAUCAACGUAAGGCAAGUUUGCAGAAGAUAGUAAUGAAUGCAGAUGAUAUCAAGAGACAAAGCAAAAUGUACACGUAGAAUUGAAAGUGUUGGUGUGCAAUAGUCGUCGAGGAAGGUCAAGAUCAAGCCGAGAAGACUUAAAAACAGAAGAAGAAAAAGAAAAAGAAAAAGAUUCUUGAAUCCUCUUCCGUCUAGAGACAAGGAUUUGAUGUGAGGAUCUUUUUUGUAGAAAGUUUUGAAGCAGAAACUUCUGAGGGGAUUUGUGAGAUAAAAGUCAGAAUUGACUUUAUUUGAAAAGUAUUUCAAUACAGCACAAAUACAGGCACACACACUACACACACAGAAGCAUACAUACAUAUACAUGAAUAUAGUUCAUUCAUAUACACACAUAUGUACAUAAAGAAGAAAAUGAAAGAAGCAGAACUAAGGGUUUAACGUCAGAAGAAAUGCGCGCUUAUGUGAGUCACGUGUGUAAAAUUCGAAUUGAAUGAACACUGGACGCACAUUUAUUACUACCACCGCUACUAUCUGUAUAUCACGCGGUAUAUGUUAAUGAGAGUAAACGCAAAAGUGCGAGAACCUUCGAGAGAAUGAAUGUGAAAAUACAUUGAAAUGAACGAGGAAAAAAGCUGAUAAAUGACGGAACGCCUGAAAAUUUUCUCAGUAACCGAAAACCUAUAUACUGUUUUACCAGACUUCAGAAGACGAAUAUAUAUAUACACACGUGUAUACAGAAACAUGCCACAAAUUGAAGCUUCUUUGAUCUCCAUCUAUGGUAUGAAUGGAUCUGCUCCUUCGAAAAAAAAAAAAAAUCAGAAGAACAAAAAUAGAGCAACAAGAGAAAAUUUUUAACGUUUCCUGGUAUCGUAGACAAUCCUGUCUUUUUUUCCACCUAUUCUUUUCUUUUCUAUUUUUUCCCCUUAAUUUCUUUCGCUUUCAUCGUCCUUUCCUUUUGAUAAUGACGAAGAACUACCGGCCGAAAGUGUAUGCAGCAAAGAAGUGCUCAGCUUUGUUCUCCAAUACUCUUCGACGAUAAUAUUACUAAUCCCGUUUCUACCUUAUACUAUACUUUACACACAUUGCGCAUAUCCCGUCCACAUUUCCUCUUUAUUAUUCUUUUUUCUUUAGGGCCCUUUUCAGGGCCCGCAAACGUUUCAUUCAUGGAGUAACAAUUUCUCGGAUAAACUAAACAUCGACAAACAAUCCGUCCUUUUCAGGACGAAAAUUUAAGAAAGUCCUUUUUAGGAGGAACAUUUAAAACCGUUCUUUUUAGAACGAAAAUUAAAAACCGUUCUUUUCAGAACGAAAGUUAAAAACCGUUCUUUUCAGGACAAAAAUGCCAUACUUUUCAGGAAAAACCCUUAAAAAUAUGGAUGAAAACAUUUGAAUUAUUAGCAGCUUGUUUUUCAUUUUAUUGCAACGUUGUUGGAUUUUACUUGGAUUUAUAACUGUGUUGGGUAUGUAUAUUCCAUUAACAUAAUGUUUGUAGAUUAAUUAUGUUUUAAUUAUAGCAUCCGGUAAAGUAUUGUUCAACGUAUUUGCAUAAAUAUCGAAGAAGGUCAUGGAAGAGAUCCGCUAUAGAACGUUCAGGAAGUUUAAGUGUGUCACGUUUCAAUAGAAAAGCAAAUAAGUUUUACGAUUUCUUUGGUUUCUUCAUCAUACAUUUCAUUAUGAAAUAAAUGUGUUGAAAUAAUCCUUAAACGCUUUACUACUUCUCAACAGAGAGUUAUAUACUUAUUUAUAUGAUUCAUCUUCUUUGAAAAUUAGUCAUAAGACGUAUCUCUUUACGUGAUAUGCAAUAGGAAUGAAAUAGUACAAAUUCAUAUCUAAAUGUAAGAUCUAGCAGUUUUAAAUUUAUUAUUGUGCAUUUCGCUAUAUCUCGAUGACUCACCAAAGAUUAAUCAUGGCCUGAACAAUUGCAAUGAGUGCUUAAUAGAGAUUUCAUAAUUUAAAUUUGUUGUGCAUAUGUAAAAUACGAAAGAAUUAUAAGUCAUUUUAUAAACAAGACGUCUUAAAAAUAAGAAAAUUGAUUCCGAUAUAAUUUUCAGGUACAAAUCAAGUUUGUUCUACUUUUCUGUGUGACAUUCUUUCUAUUUAUCUAAUUCCUCACUACUAUGAAGCUGACAAGAAUUUAAAUGAAAUAAGAUUGCCCAUUGAAGAUGCAGGCAAGAAGAAUUAUAUUUGUUUAUAUUUAUUUAGCCGAAUUGAUGUUUCUUUCUUUGUAGUGAAACAUGAUUAUUUUUUAUUUUCUUCACUUAAUUUUUUUUUAUGGCAUACUCUUUGUCCUAUGUCAGUUAUUUUCAAAUCUGAUUCUGUAUACAUACUUUGAAUUUACCUACCAAAAUGAAAGAUUGUUAUGUUAUGCAUGGAAAUUCAUGUCUUAUUUUUCCAUAUGAAAGAUACAAAUAAGAAGAUUUAUACGAUUACGCACAGUUUGCACUUGUUGUCUUGACUUAGUCAUGUUGACUUAGGCGGGUUUUGAAAUUUCAUGGUUACAGGUAGUUGUGACGUCAGAUAUUUGGAUGAAUCAGCAAGAUAAACGGUAACGGAAUUUAAAGGAAACGCGUAAAUAACUAUGAAAUAAUUUGUCGAGCGAAUUCAAGUAUUUAUUUGGUUGUUGUAUAGUAUUAAUAAAUAUAUGUUUAUAUAA